AUGUCCAAGUUCGGCUGCCUGGUAAUGGGCCCCGCUGGCGCCGGGAAGACCACAUUCUGCACCGCCAUGAUCCAACAUCUCCAGCAUAGCCGCCGGUCAUGUUUCUACGUCAACCUCGACCCCGCGGCCAAUGAGUUCGCCUAUCAACCCGAUCUGGAUAUCCGAGAUCUCAUCUCUCUAGAAGAUGUAAUGGAGGAGAUGUUAUUAGGGCCCAACGGCGGCUUAAUAUUCUGCUUCGAAUUUCUUCUACAAAAUCUCGACUUCAUCGCCAAUGCCAUCGAGCCUCUCUCCGAAGAAUACCUCAUCCUAUUCGAUCUACCCGGUCAGAUCGAACUAUACACACACAUUCCUCUGCUGCCUGAGCUGGUAAAAUAUCUGUCUAGAAUGGGCCCGUUGAACAUCAACCUGUGCGCUGCAUACCUGCUCGAAGCCACCUUUGUGGUCGACAAGGCCAAAUUCUUUGCCGGAACCCUCUCGGCGAUGAGCGCAAUGAUCAUGAUGGAAUUGCCACACAUCAACAUCCUGUCCAAAAUGGAUCUGGUGAAAGACCAAGUUCCCAAGAAAGAACUGAAGCGUUUUGUCGAUCCCGAUGCGAACCUGCUCGACGACGAAGAUACCGGUCGAGGGGCAGCUGAGCACACAGUUGACGUCAGUGACCCCCGAGAAGUCGACCAGGUCAUGAGUGGGGAUUCAUUCAAGCGGCUCAACCGUGCCGUGGCCAGGCUGAUUGACGAUUUCAGUAUGGUAUCCUUCCUGCAACUGGACGUGAACGAUGAGGAAAGCGUUGGCGACAUUCUGAGUUAUAUUGACGAUGCCAUCCAAUUCCACGAAGCACAGGAACCGAAAGAUCCCAGGGAGAGGGAAAUGGAAGAGCCAGCCUGGGAAGAGGGCUGA